CAAUAAUUGUCCUGUGGCCCCCUUAUGAUGUCAUCAAAAGUGGAGUGACAUGGGCCUGUUUGCAUCCUCACUACCCUUUGCUGCCUGGUCCUCGAAUGUCACCUUCUUAGACAUACGUGGCGCAUCUCCUGGGGGCCCUAUUUUGGAUUUCACUGGCUGCUUGGACCUGCCCCUCGGUUCAGACAUGCUUUUUGCCACAUGCAACAAGCCCAAUCAAUUUGCCAUGCAAUAUACCUCACUAUCUUGCAAAAAUGUUUCGAUCUUUCAACCACACUUGGGAGAAUCAACCGGUGGGUCUGGUCAGGAUGGCGCCAGGAGGGGAUUUUUCUACUAGUACUUUUGAGCAACUUCUGAGUACUUUCUUUUGGGACUGUUAUACAAAUGUUCUUUUUUGCAUCAUGUUUUGUUGCACUUUUGCACAAUAAAUCAUAGAUUGAUUAUUUACUAUCGCUUCGCUUAUAUGUUUUGGGGCAUGACUAAAGUUUGCGUAUCACACGAAGUGUUUUGUAUGGUCAAGUACCAAACAGCUUCUACAAACACGACGCAAGUGUUUCAAAAUAUUGACAUUCUUCAUAUGCCAUGUGCCGCGGAUGAAUUGAAUGAAUUUAAAAUACGCAAGGCCCUCGAAUUACGUGUGAAAUUCCUACUGAAAUUUGUGAUUUAGUGAGAAGGCAUCAUAAUGCGGUAAUAAAGUUUAUCAUGGAUGAACUCGAUUCCAGUAGAUCUCGCCUCACUGACCCAGAGAUCAUCUCAGAGUUUGUGCUUCGGCUGAAACAGCAAGUUUUAGGGGAUCAUAACGUGAAAGCUGAAAGCCUUGGCCAUUCUCGCCAGGGAAGCACUCUUCAGGGACAGUCUUCUUUCCCAUUAGAGCUGCAUCAAAUCAGCUCUCCUGGCAUCGGUCCGACUGAUGGACAGGCAUCUGACCAACAGGUUUCUCCACAGCUAGCUUGUUACAAUGAAGCUGCAGCAGACCACUUGGAAGCACUCCAACAGCCUGAGCCACAGGUUCUCAACCCAGAGGUCCAGAGCAUUGCUAACCAUGAACAUCCACAAUCACCAAGCAGCAGUGGUGGAUCCAUUGACCUGUGUGCAGAGAUCAUGGCAGGGCAUGCCCUGAAGGCUGCUUGCAGGGAACCAUUGACUGCUUCUCGGACCGAGGGUGAGUUACGUCAAGCUCCACAUCUCCAUACCUUCUUGAUAAAUGCAAGAAGCAACAUGCGCACUCGACUGCCAGGGAAAGUGGCUACAUCCCCAGAAGCAGCUGAGACACAUCCUUCAUACCAGGAGAAGCUGCAGUUGCGAGCUGUUGAGAGGAAAGCACGCCAGCAGGAGGUCCGCCGUCGCCGACAGGAGCGUGAGGCGGCCAAUAGGGAGGCCGAACGACUACGGCAUGAGGAGUUUCAGCGUCAACUCACCCUUGAGCGGCAGCAGCAGCAGGAGCAGCUGCGUCAGCGGCGGCUACGCCAGGAGGAGCAGCGGCGCCGCCAGCUGCGCGGCCAGCAGCUGCUCCAGCAGCAGCACCAGAUAGCCGACGAGUUCCGGCGACACGCGCUGGUCCGACGCGUGUUCCGCGCCCUGGUCCGAUACGCACAGCGGUGCCGCGAUCUGGAGGCGUCUGCCGAGCGGUGGGCGCGCUCCACUCUGCUGAGCCGCUGUCUGCACCGCUGGCGCCACCACCGCGCCCUGCUGGCUGCUGAGCGCGAGGAGGCGGCCCGGGACUGGUACCGCACCCGGCUCACCGCCUGGGCACUCGGACGCUGGCGAAAGUACGUGCACCAGCAGCAUCUGAAGGCGCAGGCGGCCUCCGACCUGUGUCAGCUGCAGCGCCUACAGGCGGCUCUCCGCACGUGGCAGGCCAGCCUGGCGCUGGGACGCGUCCGGCGCCGGCAGCAGAUGCAGCGGGCCGCCCUCUGUGACGCCAGACUGACGUGUGCCGGCGUGCUGCGCCGCUGGAGGCGACUGCCGGAAGCCCUGGAGCAGGAGCGUGCCAUCGAGGCCCGCAAGGAGCGGCUGCGCAGGAUUGUGCGCGAGAUGGUGCCCGACUUCCAGCCACCGCCGCCUACAGGAGUGGAGCAGUCUGUCUGAGACUGGAGUGUGGUGGAACAGUCCGGCUGAGACCGGGCUGUCGCACAGCAGUUCGUUAGUGUAACUGAGCUGUGCAGAAAUAGUUGUCCGUCCUUUGGACGGGCUACCGACUGUUGCGCAGCAGUCCGUCUGAGCCUGAGUCACUUGAAUCCCAGCCCUUCCGUGACUUAGGCAGGAAUUUUCCGUCCAAGUUAAGAUUGGUGGGGGAGUUCGUUUCAAGCCGACUUAUGGACUUAUGGUUUGAGUAAGAGCUGGCGAUGAUCUCGUUUUGUGUCGUCCCAGAGGUAGUUCCGGUAGGUGUAGCGAUAAGACGUCACGCUUUCUAGUCAACGCUUAUCAACAAUGAUGUGCUUCCUUUCAUCGAGAUUUCGACACCGAUCAAGCAUUACCGUCCAUCACGCAUUUCAUGUUCAAUUUUGUAUCGCGUGAGCGCGAGGGAGAUUCCUAGUCAGGGCUGUUCACAUAAAUACGCUUCCUGUUCUGCUACGAGCUUCCACAGUCACUAGUCACAUGCUGUUCCUUACAUGUUUCAUGUUCUCAUUUUGUAUCGUGCAUUUCCGUCCAACGACUCGUUCAUCAUGCACAUCGUCGAUUUCUACAGAGUUCUCUGUAAUUUAUCAUUGAAAGUGCGGUUAAUACACAACCACGUUUGUCAAUUCAAUAU